GAAAGGUUUACAGUGAAGCUCCAGGUUGAGCACUGGCUGAAGAUUGGGGGAAAUGGGCGGUGUUCCUCUUUGACGUGUACUGUAGCUCGGUUCAUAGACAGGUACCAGAUACACUUAGUGCCACACGAGAUAUUACUGCAACUUCAUGGAGAACAAGAACAAGCGGUAGACCUCCAUCAGUGAACAGAGUGUGUGUGUGUGGAGUCUACUGUAUGUGAGGUCUGGCCAGGAUGGAAGAAGAGAUGAGUGGAGCAGCAGCUGAACCGGCUGCUGCACCAGCAACUGAAGCUCCAGAGGCACCGCGCCGAGGCCGAGGUAGACCACGCAAACCACAACAGGAGCCCAUUGAUCCGCCUGCUCCCAAAAGGCCAAGGGGAAGACCCAAAGGGAGUAAGAACAAGGCCAAUCGUAGUACACCCAAAGAGCCACCAAAGGAAAAGAGACCUCGAGGCCGACCAAGAAAAUGGCCUCAAAAAGAAGUGCAGCAACAAGAGCAAGAGCAUGAGGAGGAAGAGGACCAGCCACUCCUGCCAUCACCACACAAGAAGAACAUCUAGUCUUUGAGCUGCCAGUUUGUGCAAUAGGCUGCAUUUAGACAGUUAUAUCCAGCAUUCUCACAUAGGUGUGCUAUCAGUCACUAUGCAAAAAAUACCUGGGGCCUGAUCUUGCCAAUUCCCAAAGCACUAAUAUCAGAAAAACAGAACAUUCCCCUUAAUAAUUAGAUGCCAAAAAACACUUAGUAACCACUUAAAACAACUCUGAAUUGCGCACUGUGGAUUCUACAGAGUGUCCCAAAAGUCUCCAUACGUAUGGGACUAUGUUUGCCAGCACCACGUUGGUUGUGACUUCAUCAGUGGAUGUUCAUGGACGUCCACUUCUCGGUUUGUCCACAACACUCCAGCCUUUCUGAAUUUGUUCAUAAGUUUGGCAACAGUGUGGUGUGUGGGACAUGUUUGUCACGUUUCCUGUUAAAGUCCAUCACAACCUUGCGACAGCUUCCCGAUCCAACCAUGAGAAUGAUUUCAAUACGUUCUUCUGUUCUCAAAGCAUUCUUAAAGACUAUAUGAAAAUAUAUAUAUUGUGCAUAUAUAAUAUAAACUAAGCAUGAAACAUUUUGGAAGACAUUUUGCUAAAAUGUGUUAAUUUCCCCUAUGUUUGGAGACUUUUAGGACACCCUGUACAUACUUGUAGGUUUUGAUUACAUAUAACUGCAUCAAGUAAUACCAGACAUGGACUUAUUUAGAACCACGUUUGCAAAACAGAUACAGCUAUAUGUGCACAUGACAAUAUGAUCUGCCAAAAAGUGAUUUGGAUUGGAAACUGGAUUUGGGCAUCCCAUCCUUCUGUCUAAAUGUAGCUGUAGACCAGCACUUACUUCAGAUUUUUCUGCACCUCACACUUGACAGCAAACAUCAUCUAACGGGUGCUUUUGUUAUGAAUCGAAAAACACUUUUACUUACAGCCAUCAUGUUUAUAUAGUACAGUAUAUAUGAUAUGGUACUGAAUGAGUCACUACUGUAUCAUUUCAUUUUAUCAGUACAACACAAGCUAUAUUUUUUUCCAGUUGUUAUUUGUCUACAUUUACAUCAUUCAUUCAUUUGGCUGACACUUUUAUCCAAAGCGACUUACAAUUGAGAUGGGAUACAACUGAGUGGUUGAUGAUUAAGGGUCUUGCUUAAGGACCCAAGGACACAGCUUGGCAUUUUAACUCACAAUGUUUAGACAAGUGGACCAAAGCCUUUAACUAUUGAAACACCACUUGUAUUACUUAAGUCCACUAAUAAUAAUAAUAAUAAUUUCACUCAAGGCAAAUUAAACCAACACUGUCAUGGUGCAUUUCUCCUAAGAUCUGUACCUGACAUUUAUAUUAAUGGUUUUAUUUCAAUGUUUACAGUUGAGUG